GUGCAAGAAAGACGAUUCUUAUCAGAGUUCCUAGUACCAAUUAGGGAUUGUAUUAGAGGCCAACAGGAUGUCCGAAGGCAAGGGCCGGUGCGGUCAUUAUGAAAUGUGGAACAAUUCGCAACAUAAUUCAGAAAGAGCGCAGCGCCUUUUGAAGGCUAACGUGUUUCAAGGUAGAUUCGCUAGACUCGGAGUGGGGAAACAUGUGCCACGUUACUAUUUACACGGUGUGCUUCGUCGGACUGGCUCUGUUGCGGUAUUCACCCGUUGAAUGUAGGCCUACUGGAGGAACGCAAAAUGAACCAUGUCCUGGUUGUGAUAAUCAGAUACGAUGCAAGUCCAUACAGUUCGGAUGCAACAAUGAGUUUCGGUGCCUUCCGUUAUUAUGGAAAUGUGAUGGCGAAACAGACUGUUCCGAUGGAUCUGAUGAAGUCGGGUGUCCACCGGUACGUUGCCGAAGUGAUAAGUUCUUGUGCGACCAGACGCGUUGUGUCGCCAAGCGUUGGAGGUGUGAUGGCGCUAGGGACUGUUUUGAUAACUCAGAUGAGAUUGGAUGUGAAAAUGGAGCACUAAGUGAACCCCUAACUAACCAUGGAGAUGUAUCACCUACCAUUCCAACAGGUUUACCGCAAUGUCAAUCAUACCAAUUCCGAUGUGGCAACGGUUACUGCAUUCAUGCGAGUUGGCGAUGUGACGGCAAGACCGACUGUCGUGACGACUCUGAUGAAGUUGGAUGUGUCAAUUCAACCUUGCCGGGUAGCCUCACUGGUCUACCAACGACAGUCUCCCCAAUUUGUGACUUGUCUUUGGAAUUUCGAUGCAACAAUGGUUCUUGUGUAGAUAAGAUUUUGAGAUGUGACGGUGAGUCAGACUGUGGAGACGGCUCUGAUGAAGUGGGAUGUGACAAUAAAGACCUGGCUGGCAACCUCACUGACCUACCAUCUUCAUUUUCUCAAGGUAAUGGUACCGGAUUAACUGGUACUCAGUGUAAUUCAUCCGUCGAAUUCCAUUGCGACAACGAUAUAUGCAUAGAAAAGGGUUGGCGAUGUGACGGGGAGAAUGAUUGUGGAGACGGUUCUGAUGAAGUUGGAUGUAAUAAUAGAACCCUCGCGGGCAACCUCAAUGGCGUACCAAAUACCGCUGCUGAAGAUUCGCCGCAAUGUCAGUCAUAUCAAUUCCAAUGUGACGACGACUCCUGUAUUCAUAAGAGUUGGAUGUGUGACGGAGAUGCAGAUUGCAGAGAUGGCUCUGACGAAGCGACGUGCAACAGGACAGUACAGUGUAAAUCCAUUGAAUUUAUUUGUGACCAGAAGUGUCUGCCAAUCCUAUGGAGAUGUGAUGGAGAAGUUGACUGUGGGGACGGCUCUGAUGAAGUACGAUGCGACAAUGGAAACUUGGCCGAAAACUUCACUGACAUAAUCACAAUUUCUCAAGGUGUUGGACAAGUUGACAUCCAGUGUAACUCAUCCACUGAGUUUCGAUGCGGUGACGGUAGUUGCAUCGACAGGAAUUGGAGAUGUGACGGGGAAGCUGAUUGUAGUGGAGACGCCGCUGAUGAACUUGGAUGUGUCAAUGGAACCUUGGCUAGCAACUUCACUGAUGUAUUAACUACUCAAGGUUUUCUUCGAUGUCCUUCACACCAUUUCUUAUGUGACAACAGUACAUGUAUUCACCGGAGCUUGAUAUGUGACGGGGAUGCUGAUUGUAGAGAUGGCUCUGACGAAAUAAUGUGCAACAGGACAGGCCAGUGUAAAGCCAGCGAGUUUCUCUGUGGAGAGAGAUGUAUGCCAAUCCAAUGGAUAUGUGACGGGGAGGCUGACUGUGGAGACGGCUCGGAUGAAGUUGGAUGUAAUAAUGGAACAUUGGCUUGCAACCUCACCGGGCUACCAAAUGCAACGACAGUCUUCCAAGGCUGUGACAUUACCACAGAAUUUCGAUGUAGCAACGGCUUCUGUGUCCUUAAGAAUUGGAGAUGUGACGGGGAAACUGACUGUGGAGACGCAUCUGAUGAAGUUGGAUGCGAAAAUGGAACCUUGGCUGGCAACUUCACUGGCGUACCAACUAACGUGGCUCCAGUUACCAUACCAUGUAUUCUAUCAGAUAUAUUUCGAUGUGAAGAUGGCAAUGCAUUCGUACAUACGAGUUGGCGAUGUGAUGGGGAUGCUGAUUGUAAAGACGGCUCUGAUGAGUUUGGAUGUGACAAUGGCACUUUGCCUGGGAACUUCACUGACGUGCUACUUGCAGCUUCUCCAGUCACGGUGGACUGUGCGGCUGACACAUAUGAACUGGAUUGCAACAGCUCACCCCACUGUAACUCCUCAAGGUUCGUGUGUAAUGACGGGAAACGGUGUUUGCCAUUGGCCUGGAGAUGUGACAGACAGUCUGAUUGUGACGAUGGUAGUGACGAGAUAGGGUGCAAUGGAACCAUCUGUGACGUGGCGACCCAAUUCGCGUGUGACAACGGUUCAUGUGUGGAUAACAAUUGGAGAUGUGACGGAGAUAGAGAUUGCACUGACGGCGCUGACGAGAUGGGAUGCAACAUGACUGUGCAGUGUCAAUCGAGUGAAUUUCUCUGCGGGGAGAAAUGUGUGCCAGCUCUUUGGAGAUGCGACGGGGAGAACGACUGCGGAGACGGCUCAGAUGAAAUUGGAUGUGAUAACGUCACUGAUAUACCAGAUAUGUUUUCUACACAGUUAAGAAAUUAAUGUAAAGUGGCCUUCUUAGAGUUAACAUAGUUUUUGGUUUAUAAAGUGAUCAAGAAAAGUGUCAGACAGAUCACCCGAUACCCAGUGUCUGCCGAGUAAUGCAUUGCAUAAUCACCCCUUUGCUACCGGAGUUCUAUGUUGAACUGGUCCCUCGUGCCCCGGGUGUUUUGUUCUCCCCGUAAAAAAGUUAUGUUUAUGAAGAGAUAUAUCUAAUAUCAAUGGAUAAUGACAGGGAUUAUGCUGGGGCUUUGUUAAUCAUACAGUGAUCUUUUCGUCGAUAAUUUGACAAAGUGACCAAUCUGCAAUCGUUCUGAAAUUGAGAUAACAGCGCCAUCUUGGUACUACUACCGAUGGCUACUCACACACCAAUUAUGAUGGUGAUAUUCAAAGUUCUUUUCAUAAUAAAAUAUGGGGCAGUGAUUCCAAUCCAGAGUCAUUCAAACUAUACAGAAUCUUUUGAGUUGAGUUUUCUCAAAAUGAAAAAUUUGCUGAUUGGCCGCUUCGUGACAUCAUCGACGCUGUUAUGAUUGUAUAAUGUACACAUUAAAAUAAUAGUUCGCGAAAUAUUUGUCCCGUGCGCCACCACCCGAGCUUUUCUCACGCGAGCUAUCCUAGCCAUAUCUACCGACGAAAAAUGACUUGUCACAAUUACUGUACUGCUUGACGCCAUGAUUGGCAUGUUUCACAACCCUAACGAAAGUUUAAGAAUGACGAAGUGUGUAAAUAAAGUACUUUC